AACAUCAGUGAUUUCCAAAUCUUGUGACCAGCUCAACUAUACUUUCUCCUUCGCACUCCUCUGGAUCUCCUGCUAGUCUGAGCUGCUCAGACUGUCUUUCUCGAGCACACACACUCAUUCACUCACAAACUCCUGCUCCUGUGACUGUUGCUCUGGUCUGUCACCUGCCCCUCUGCUACAGCAUGCAGCUCCUGGUGGUGUUAGCAGCUCUCAUGGGGGUUCUGUUCAGCGUUAGAGCAGCUGCCGUGCUUCCUGUGGAGGAAAGGAGUCCAAUUCAUGUGAACAGGGAGCAGACCAAAGAGCGAAAGGAGUUAAUCCUGAAACUGGUGUCUGGCUUGUUGGAUGGAGCUCUGGAUACCAACAUGCUGCAGGGGGAAGCAGCACCUGUGGAUGUUGAGGAGCCGCUGGAGUCACGUCUGGAGGAGAGGGCGGUCUACAACAGGCUAUCACUGCCUCAGCGUGACCGCAAAGCCCCUUGUAAAAACUUCUUCUGGAAAACUUUCACCUCCUGCUAACAGUGCCCCAAACCACCCAGCUCUGUCCUCCUGCCCUCCCAGCUCCACGUGAACUGUAGCAGACCUCAGCUGUACAUAUCAUCUACACCUCAGACAUGCAGCAUCGAUGGACUUCACUGAGACAGUGUGUCUGUUUGAAUAUUAAUUAUUUAUGUAUACAAUGUAUGUAUUAACGUAUGUAACCUUUUCUUUCAGGGUCAGUAAUAAAGCAUGGCUAUAACAUUUGAGAUGCUAAUAACAAUUAAAUAAUUUUGAAAAUUAUUCAGUAAGAAAAAGGUCACAUUUUUCACCUGCUUCUACAAUAUAAAUGCAAAGUUGGAUUUCAUGCAAAUAUUUUGCCUGUAUUUUUAUUAUGAUUUGACCAUUUACUGCACUAAAAUUGUGGAAAAAUUUUUGACUUUGCCAUUAUUACACAAACAUAUUUCUAAAGAUCCUAAAAUCCAGGUUGCAGUUGUUAAUGUUACAUGGAGGAUACACACACAACUGUUCACCGUCUUUAUUGAAAAGCAAUCAUUUUUUUAGUGUUACCGAGGAGGUAACAGCACGUAGUUCAUAAUCCAGAUACCGUAAUUAUUCUGCCUGUUACUGUGCAAUUUUUUGUCUUGUUUAUCAA